UCAAACGUAACAUAAAUUUAUUUCUUUUGGAACGGAUUUUAAAUGUUAAAUUCAUCGUUUCUGGCAACACUAUUCUGUCACUCUUGGUUUAAUUAUUCGUUGUUUGUUGCUCUUUGUCUGACAGUCGUAUAUUGUGUUUUUCUUUUCUUCCAAAAAUAGUGAACAACGUAUAGGCAAAAAUUUAGAAAAGAAAAACUUUAAUUUCACUUUCACUACUCUAAACAACAAUUUCCGUUUUACCGAGGAACAAAAAAGCCGCCAAUUGACAAAGUGUUCAUCUUUUAUUAUAAUCCAAUUGUGGGUGUUACAUUAUAAAGGAGCAAUGUCUGUAAUAUGUGCUAAUGUGCUAUUAACUUGCAAAACAGUAGGGUAAAAGAAAUUGUUGAAAAAUAAAGUAGCCAGUGUAUGAUUGAGUACGAAAUUGACAACGGCUACAGGUGAAGCGCGGGUGUUCAAUUGUACUUAAGUCCAACUAGUGCAGUAGACAGUUUAUUGAGUGUUAGUAAUUUUGUAGUGUACUUAUAUCAGCAGCGAAACUCUCGUAAUAUUGAAGAAUCGGAAUUUUCGAACGGGGUUACUAUCGAAUAGAUGUAUUCGCAAUCUGUGCAAAGCCCAACAUUUACCACUACCCUAUAGCUAGUCCUAACAACGAGCACCCAAAUCUAUACCCAAAGAGUUCAUGUCAGCAGCAAUGGGCAAUUAUGAUAGCGAUAGUAAAAAAUCAACAGCUUUAGGCAGUUGUAUGUCGGCACUAAAAUGGAUACCAGUUAUAUUCAUCGCGGCUGUGAUCGCCUGGUCAUAUUACGCCUAUGUGGUGCAGCUCUGCUUACUAUCUAUCGACAAUGUCUUUGAACAAAUAGUUUUUCUGAUAUUCUAUCAUAUAAUAUGUGGACUGUUUUUCUGGUCCUACUGGAAUACCAUCUUUACACCAGUCGGUACAGUACCACCGAAUUGGCGAAUUCCAGAAACAGAUAUAGAGCACAUAUUCCACGCCGACACUCAGGAUCAACAGAAGAGAAUACUAGAAAACUUUGCCAAGACCCUGCCAGUAACAAACCGCACACUAAAUGGUUCAGUGCGUUUCUGUGAAAAAUGUAAAAUAAUCAAGCCGGAUCGUGCGCAUCACUGCAGUGUCUGCGGGGCUUGUGUACUCAAAAUGGAUCAUCAUUGUCCGUGGGUGAACAAUUGUGUAAACUUCACAAACUACAAAUAUUUCGUACUCUUUUUGGGCUAUGCGUUACUUUAUUGCCUAUAUGUGGCCUUAACGUCGUUGGAGUAUUUUAUACGUUUCUGGCGGUUGGAACUUUCACAACAGGGCAAUUUGGAUGGCGGCAUGGGACGGUUUCACAUAGUGUUCCUGUUCUUUGUGUCGAUAAUGUUUGCAAUAAGCUUGGUGAGCCUAUUCGGUUAUCAUGUUUACUUGACGCUCAUGAAUCGUACAACGUUAGAGGCUUUUCGUGCGCCAAUUUUCCGUAUCGGUGGUCCCGACAAGAAUGGUUAUAAUUUGGGUAAAUACGCCAAUUUCCAGGAAGUUUUUGGUGACAACUGGAAACUGUGGUUCUUGCCAGUCUAUACGAGUGUCGGCGAUGGAUUGACGUACACAACACAAAAGCAGCAUCAGAUGCAGUCGUACGAUUCCAUGGGUGACACCACGCAGCGAACCAGAUUUUUGAUUUCAACAAUUUUGAGUAAAUACCCAUACACAUCUCUUUUGUUGUUGUUAAUACCUAUACCAAACAAAAAAAAAACUCCAAAAAUCUAUAGCCAACAUGAGUUGCUACGCGAAGACGAUACACUGCCACUGAAUAUGACCGGUGCGGCUGUCGGCUCAGUAUCUGCGGCUUCCACUGCAACGGUAAAAUCGGACGGAACUGGGGUUAAUGGAAUGAUUGCUAUAAUACCAGUUCAGCCGGCACAGUCGGUGGAAACGACCACGGCGACAGACCUAGAAGUUGUAGUUGUGCCAACUCUGGAUACUGCCAACGGGAAUGUAAUCAUCAAUAUGAGAGAAUUGGAAAGCAGUAAUGACGAACAGCAGCACCAACUUGAUAAUAAUCAAAACGUCUAGAAUAAGCUCAUACAUUAGUUUGCUGCAGGAUAUUCCAACGAUUAGUUAUUUAAACGAUAUCAAAUUAUAUAAUUACACAACGUGGCGACUUCAAGUGCGCUUAAAAAUCACUAGAAUUAAGUCGUUGAGGAGCCAAUGAAUAUGUAACAGUACACCAUUGUGUAUGCCAUUGGAAUUGAAAUAAUAUAAGUAUGAAGGCCGCUCGUAGGCUUUUGCAAUUCAAUGUUUAUCAAGUUAAAACGAUAUAAAAGGAAAUAAGCCGAAAUAAGAGUUAAAACGAAACUUUAAAGGCUAUAUUGUUGCUUAUGUAAUUUAGUCUAUUUGUAUUGCGAAGAUUUCCUUAAAUAUAUCUUUUUAGUUUUGCGGUACGGACAAAGGCGUUGAACACUAUAAAUACGUCGCUGAAAAGUUUUACAAUAUACACUGCAUUUAAACAACUAAGCUAGGUAUACACUCGACAAAGGGAGAUGUAGGAAUAAAAAAAAAAUAAAUCAAUGUUUUAUAUAUAUGUAUGUGUAUGCCUAAUUGUUAAUAGAACGGUAGUCAUUUAAAAAUCGCAAGAACAAAUGUCUAUCUGUGUAUACAAACACAUAUGUAUAUGUACAUGUAUACAUGUAUCCACUAGAAUAAUAUUAAGUAAUUGCUUGUUAGAUUAAGCCUUUUAUACUUUUAUUCAAAAUUAAUUAUUUUUGGUAUUUAAUAUUUUUGACAUUCUAAACUAUUUCAUUUAACUCUUCAUUCUGCUUUUCAUGUGAUUGAAGCUUCUUUCAACUUAUUAUGGAAAAAUUCAAAUAGAAAGGGCAUGCAAGCCAACCGGCUAAAAGCUCACAGUUACUCAUGACUUUUAUAAUGACUUUACCCUUAAUUACAUGUGUAUUUGUUGUAUAUUUUCCAUGCUGCAUAAAAUAUUAUUUAUCAAUGUAAUACCCUCAUGCUAAGUGUGUAUAUUUUACCGAAAAAUGUAUCAAUCUAUCUGUAUAUCGACUACAUACAUACAUACUGUAUAAUUUUGUAACACAUUCAUAAUUAAAUAUACCUUUUAAAGCCGAAUUGCGUACAAUGAA